CUUAUUUUUACAGUGCUUGUAACUGGCGUUCUUGCUUCACCAUAUGAACACAUCGCACUUGGACCACCAUUUUCAGUAGAAGAUGUGAGCGAUAACAAUCCACCACAUGAUGAUUUCGAUUCUAUGAUUCCUGAAGAGAUAGCUGAGAAAUUGUUAUCAAAUGCGAUAAGCGACAAAGAGAAAAGUAGUACUGAAAGUGACCAACAAGAUUCUAGUACACGACAGCUUACAGACAGAGAUAUCAUAAAAGCAAUUAAAAGAGAGCAAACUGAAAACCCAUGGAAAUUCAAGAAGGAUGGGGACAAGGAUGAAACAACCAAUACAAUGAAACGGUAUCACGAAUGGUUCAACAAUCCUGACAGAAUCAAGCGUGGAAGGAAUUCAGUAUUUGGUAAUCAACCUGACAAACGUGGAAGGAAUCCGGGUAUUGGUAAUCAACCUGGCAAACGUAAAAUGAAUUCACUAUUUGGUAAUCCACCUUACAAACGUAGAAGGAAUCUAGGUAUUGGGGAUGCUCUUACAAGGGAUAUUAUGAGUAAUGCCCAAAAGAGACAGGUUAAUAGCGCAACCGAAGCUGCAACACUGGACAUUAAAGGAGUCACGAAACCAUGUCGUUUAUCAGAUGAGGAAGCCGCUAGGGCAGUGGCUGUACACAGAGCAUAUCGAAAAAAGGAAUAUGCUGACAAUAUGUGGACAAUGGAUUGGAAUGGAACACUUGCUGACUUAGCACAAGGAUUAGCAGAUGAAUGCACAUUUAAGCACACAAACCUGCAGACCCCUUCUGGUGUACAUGUUGGUCAAAAUUUAGGCGCUACAACAGGGAGUGACCAUUCUAUUGAGAGAAUGGUGGGCUUGUAUAUGAACGAGAAAGAUAAUUAUAAUUAUAAGGACCAUCAAUGGAUUGGUGUUGUAGGACACUAUUUACAGGUAGUUAAUUGGAAGACCAUUCAAGUUGGUUGUGCUAUGAAUAAAUGCGACAACUUGUAUAUAUCAACCCCAACCCAACAAGAAGUAUGGAAAAACGCUUGGUAUUGGGUUUGUGACUACUGGCCUCCUGUAUCUACCAAAUCAAGACCUUACGACUCUACGAAUGGCCAAGCAUGUUCCGAAUGCAUGGUACCAAAGGGCAGCGGACUUGGAUGGAAAUGUAUAGAUCAAACAUGCCGUGAUUGUAAGCUUGACGGAUCUGACCCAGACUGUCGUAAGUAUGUUUAA